UGCGCGUGAACUGACAGUAUCACCUCGUGAACGCGCUAGAGCAGCAAUGGCUGCUUUGGAUCGGCGAAAUCCUAAUCUCGACGAUUUUGUCGGAUUAAACUGGAAUUGUUGGGUAGAUAGGGCGAAUAUUUUGCCAUCUGACGCUGGGUCUUAUGUUGAAGACAGCAGCAAGAAUGGGAGGAACCGCUAUGACACCAUGACCCUCAGGAGAGAAGACAUGCACACAUUUGGCCACUGCCCUGCACAUGAUGAGAUGUAUCUGGUGGUGUGCAGCCACUGUGGCCAGGUGGUGAAGCCUCAGGCCUUUGAGAAGCACUGUGAGAGGCGGCAUGGUCCUCUCAGUAAGAUGUGUGGACAGACUCCGGCACCACAGCAGAGACCCCGUUCUGUUCGUCCCUCUUCAAAUCAUUCCCGCUCUAAAGAGUGGCAGAAAGAUGGCAGAGGUCAUGAAGUCAGCGCCCCCUCCUCGGCAGCACAACCUGCACACCAGCACAGGCCUAGCAAGGCCCAGAAGGAGGCAGUGAGUUUCCCUUCAGUGGAUACGUUCCCCCAGGAAAAUGCCCCCCUUCCUCACUCCUCCCCCUCAUCCACACCUCACCCCAGGGUUCCUCCUUGGCACUCAGGACCUCUGCCCCCUGGCUACUGUUCCUCCUCCACUUCUCCGUCAGAGAGACCCUCUCUGCAGAAGACCACAGCUGGGCAGUCCAGUGAGUCCCUCUGUCCUCACCGGGGAACAAGAACCUACAGCCGGAUUUACAAAAACAUCAGCAAUAAAGAAUAUGAUCUGAACAAACACUGCGGAGUUCCUGACCCAGAGAGGAAGAAGCUGUGCAGCCGGGAGCUUAUAUGCAAUACUGAUUCCAUCCACCAGCAGCAUAAAGCAUUGGGAAGGACUAAGACACUUGCCCAGUUGGCAGAGGAGCAGAAACCAGCCUCCAUAGGUCAAGCUAUGGAUACAAAAACAACUCGGACCAGUAAAACACUUAACAACAACUGUCACAUUCCCAGGUCUGAGGACCCAUCAGAAAAUGUUCCAGAGGAGGAAUUUGACAGCGCUGUGAUAUUGGAGGCACCGCCUCAACGUGCAUUCAACCAGAGCCAGCUGUCGGCCGAGCAGAGUGAAGACGAUGAGAAGGAAGAAGCCACAGACCUGCCUGCCACAACCUGGCACCCCAAACCUCUCGGGCUAUGCACUUUUGGAUGCCGCACAAUGGGCUGCAGCAUCUUCACCUUCAACCGGCGUUUACAUCACCUGCGGUUUGCCCUCAGUGCCAUGUUGGAGCACCAUGUCAGCACACAUUUGUGGAAGAAAAUGCCUCAAGUAUCAUCAGGUCUCAGGUCAUGUAAGGUCACAGCCCCAGCUGUAGGAUCAGCUGUCAGGAUUGAUGCAAGAUCCUCCAAAUCCACUGGCUCCCUCAGCCUCGAGUAUACCUCACUGGGGCAACUGGAAACCAAACCCAGUCUGCACAAAUCUAGCAGUUUCAAAUCACCUUCUUCCACUGCAACACCAAGGAUUGGGACUGGCAAACGGCGCAACCCUGUCGGCAAGGCACGGCUGCAGGAGGAGGAGCUUAUGCAAGAUGCAAGUGCAGCACAGAAAGCUGCCAUGCUGUCUAAUGUGGGUGAGGGCAAAUCCUCCAAAUGCAGCAGAGAUCCCCCCCUCAAUGAGAAGGGCCAGCCACAUGUCCCCUCCUCUCAAGGAGCAGUUAAUGAUACUUUCUCAAACGUAAAGAAGCCAUGCCCUUCGCUCCAACGCUCCCCCCGCAGCAAAGCGAGGGCUCCAGGGAUUCAGCAGCAGGGUGUGCCCUUCAACCACAGGGGUCUUGCUGAAAAACGCAAAGGCAGCAAUGAGUCAACGCCUCUUAGCUCCUCACUGUCCAGAACCUCCAAGUGUCAACGCUUGUCCUCCCCUUCCCGGUAGAGCAGACAGAAUGGAAGGAAUAUCAGGGAUCUGCAUGCGUUGGGCUUGGAGAAAAAAAUCCAACUCCUAAAGAGUGAGUAAACAAGCCAGCUAUGACACAAAAUUCUGUAGGUCGCAUACACCAAUGUUUUUUAUAAUGUGUAUCCAUCAAUUUAAGCCUCAAAUUACAUAAUUACCACUGAAGAUGUUCUUCAUCUGAACUUGAUUGUAUGGUUCAAAUAACAUUGCAUUUGAAGGUGACAACUUAUCUCUUAUCUUCACAGCCAAAUAGAGGCCAGCCUUAAAAACACCAUUUGGGGAAGAGGUGUGUGUGUGUGUGUGUGUGUGUGUGUGUGUGUGUGUGUGUGUGUGUGUGUGUGUGUGUGUGUGUGUGUGUGUGUGUGUGUGUGUGUGUGUGUGUGUGUGUGUGUGUGUGUGUGUGUGUGUGUGUGUGUGUGUGUGUGUGUGUGUGUGUGUGUGUGUGUGUGUGUGUGUGUGUGUGUGUGUGUGUGUGUGUGUUUUUUGUUUAACAUUUGUAUGCACAGAUAUCAGGAAUAAAUAUUGGUCUGCAUAUUAAUAUGUGUGUAUUUUUGCUAACUGUCGAUUUUCCUAUGUGACUAAAUGUCUCAGUUUAUUACCUGUGUAAGAAUGUAUAAAUACCUCGAACUACUCAUGCUGCUAAAGUUAAAAGUCAUCUCAUGGAAAAACAAUAAAAAAUUCUUGAAUCCUUAAAGGCCCUGCGUCUCCUGUCUUUGGACCUGUACUACAGCCUUACAGAUAAAAUUCAGGAGAAUUGACAGGUGCAUUUUAAAGUUUUUCUCAGAUUAUCCCAAUUGUUUAUUUGACCAUUUUUUUAAUUUCUUACUCCAGUUUGAGCCAUCUGAGUAUGGAAAAUCUGUAAAAUAGUUGAACAGUUUUCUCCAUGUUUAACCAUAUAGACACUUUUUAACUAUAAACCUUCUAAUAGGGAAAUUACUUC